GUUCCACAAGUUUUGGUUGUGAAAGUAACAUUUCCAUGCUAGUUGUUUCAAUAAUUGUAAUUUCAUUUGAAAAGUUAAGGAAGUUGCCAAACAAAACCUUUGAGCUCUGAACCUUGAACAGGGUUGUUUUCUGGCCUCCAAAUCUUGUUUACUAGACUCUUGCUCGAUCUAACAUUAAAAAGUAUUUAAAAAUAUCUUGUUAAUGUUGUCUUUUUCUAGUUUCAUCAUUUUUUUUUGAAGAAGCUAAAUUAGCCCACCCAAAUUGGUGUCAGAGAGAAUCGAACCUCAGACCUCAAGAGGAGCACACUCCAAGGUUCCAAGCCAAUACCAAUGCACCAACUCAAGUGGAUUGUUUCUAGUUUCAUCAUUAUUUGACACGUGCCUUUCUUUUAUUUCUAAAUAAAAACUGUAGACUUUUCUUUUCCUUCUUUGCUGGUUAUAUUCCAUUGGUUCAAUAUGCUAUCUUUCUCACCAUUCUCUUCUUCAUUUUUGUCCUAAAUUUGUGACUCCUAAAACACCUAUUAGGUUUUGUUUUGAACAUUUAAAGCAAAACUGAGUUGUAAUGUGAGAAUUGUCUCGAUUUAUAAAUAUAUUUUCAGACCAUAUCUCAUUCAGAGGUUCCUAAAAACAGUUUUUCACUUAGCAAAGCUAAGACUGAGUAUAUCUACUCUUCCUUGAUGCUAUGCUAUCUGGUAAUCGAACACAUUUUUAAACAGCGGUCACGGUAACAGUUGCAAAUCUGGUUUUUGAGCUUGUGAAACUUACUUGAAAGCUGAAUCAUACAGAACUUUGGAAGCAUAUAGUUUUAGAGUAGAGAAGAGGUUUUGGAGUAACUUGCAAAAAAUUUAGAAGAUGGGUGGUGGUAGAACUAGAAAGAAGAGGAACCAGUUGAGCAGAAUCCAUGCAUUCUCAAGUGGGAAAACUUCAUUCAAAGGUGAACAUUCACUUAUAGGAGGACCUGGUUUUGGAAGGAUAGUUUACUGCGACGAAAACGAAAGUAGUACUGUUGUGAAUUAUUGUGAUAAUUAUGUGAGAACUACAAAAUAUACAAUGUUCACUUUCAUCCCUAAAUCAUUGUUUGAGCAAUUCAGAAGAAUUGCAAAUUUUUACUUCCUUGUUUGUGCAAUCUUGUCUUUUUUUCCUGUUUCUCCUUACUCAGCUGUUAGCAAUGUUGUUCCUCUUGUUGUUGUGGUUGCUGCUACAAUUGGGAAAGAGGCUGUUGAAGAUUGGAGAAGGAUGAAGCAGGAUAUCGAGAUGAAUAACAGAAAGGUUAAAGUCCAUAAAAGAGAAGGUGUUUUUGACUACUCUAAAUGGCGUGAUUUGGAAGUUGGAGACAUAGUGAAGGUUGAAAAAGAUGAAUUUUUUCCUGCUGAUCUCAUCCUACUUUCAUCAAGCUAUGAUGAUGCAAUUUGCUAUGUUGAAACAAUGAAUCUCGAUGGAGAAACAAAUCUUAAACUCAAACAAGCACUUGAAGAAACUUCCAAAUUUCAAGAAGACUCCACCUUCCGAAAUUUCAAAGCAAUCAUUAAAUGUGAAGAUCCAAAUGCAUAUCUAUACUCUUUCAUAGGAAACAUUGAGCUUGAAGAUCAACUAUAUCCGCUUUCGCCUCAGCAGUUACUGCUUAGGGACUCAAAGCUUAGGAACACUGAUUUUAUAUACGGCGUAGUUAUCUUUACUGGCCAUGAUACAAAAGUUAUGCAGAAUUCAACCGACCCUCCAUCUAAGAGAAGCAAAGUUGAGAAGCGAAUGGAUAAGAUAAUCUACUUUCUCUUCUCAGUUUUGUUUUUUAUUUCUUUUAUUGGUUCCAUUUUCUUCGGCAUUGCAACAAGUGAGGAUCUUGAAAAUGGAGUAAUGAAGAGAUGGUACCUCAGACCAGAUGAUACUACCAUCUACUACAAUCCGAAGAAAGCUCCGAUUGCGGCAAUGCUCCAUUUCUUGACUGCACUAAUGUUGUAUAGUUACUUGAUUCCAAUUUCUUUGUAUGUCUCCAUUGAAAUUGUGAAAGUCCUUCAAAGCAUUUUCGUCAAUCACGAUGUACACAUGUAUUACGAGGAAACUGACCAGCCUGCACGCGCUCGUACCUCAAAUUUGAAUGAAGAACUUGGUCAAGUUGAUACUAUUCUUUCGGAUAAAACAGGAACUUUGACUUGUAAUUCUAUGGAAUUCGUCAAGUGUUCAAUUGCUGGGAUCGCCUACGGACGAGGUGCUACAGAAAUUGAGAGAGCUCUAGCGAGGAGAAAAGACUUAGAUGGCAAUGUUGCGGAGAUUUCUGAAGCAAAGUCAUCCAUUAAAGGUUUUAACUUCAUGGAUGAAAGGAUUAUGAAUGGAAAUUGGGUCAAGGAACGUCACGCCAAUGUAAUCCAGAAAUUCAUGCGUUUGUUGGCAGUAUGCCAUACUGCAAUACCUGAAGUUGAUGAAGAAACCGGCAACGUUUCUUAUGAAGCCGAGUCACCGGAUGAGGCAGCUUUUGUAAUUGCAGCUAAGCAACUUGGAUUUGAGUUUUAUGAAAGGUCCCAGACAACUAUUUCCCUGCACGAGUUCAAUUCCAUAACAGGCAGGACUAUUAGAAGGUCCUACAAACUUUUGAAUAUAUUAGAGUUUAGUAGUGCAAGAAAAAGAAUGUCUGUUAUUGUACGAGAUGAGGAGGGGAAACUGCUACUUCUUAGCAAAGGGGCUGACAGUGUCAUGUUUGAACGGCUUGGAAAAAAUGGAAGGCAGUUUGAAGAAAAGACUAAGCAGCACAUUAAUGAAUAUGCUGAUGCUGGUUUGAGGACCUUGAUACUUGCCUAUCGCGAAGUUGAUGAAGAAGAGUACGAUCUUUUCAAUAAAGAAUUGAUGGAAGCCAAAAGCUUAGUAAGUGCAGAUCGGGAGCAGAUUGUGGAGGAAGUAUUAGAAAAGAUUGAGAAGGAUUUAAUUCUUCUUGGUGCUACUGCAGUUGAAGACAAACUUCAAAUUGGGGUUCCUGAAUGCAUUGACAAGCUAGCGCAGGCAGGAAUUAAAUUAUGGGUUUUGACUGGUGAUAAAAUGGAGACAGCAAUCAAUGUUGGGUUUGCUUGUAGUUUACUUAGGCAAGGGAUGAAGCAAAUUAUAAUUAGUUCAGACACUCCAGAUAUCAAAUCGCUCGAGAAAGUGGAGAAUAAUUCAGCUGCUGCUUUUGCAAUCAAGGCAAACGUUCUUUCUCAUUUAAGGGAAGGAAAGGAAUUACUUGCUGCAUCUAAUGUAAAAUCUGAGGCAUUAGCUCUAGUAAUUGAUGGCAAGUCUCUCACAUAUGCACUAGAAGAUGAUGUAAAAGACUUGUUUCUUGCCUUUGCAGUUGGUUGCGCAUCUGUUAUAUGCUGUCGUUCAUCUCCAAAGCAAAAAGCACUUGUUACUAGACUAGUAAAGAUUAAAACAGGUUGCACUACUCUAGCAAUUGGUGAUGGUGCAAAUGACGUUGGAAUGCUUCAAGAAGCAGAUAUUGGUAUUGGCAUCAGUGGCGUUGAAGGAAUGCAGGCAGUUAUGUCCAGUGAUAUUGCAAUUGCUCAAUUUCGGUAUCUAGAGCGUUUACUUCUUGUGCAUGGACAUUGGUGUUACAGAAGAAUCUCAUCAAUGAUCUGUUACUUCUUUUACAAGAAUAUUGCCUUUGGCAUCACUCUAUUCCUGUAUGAGAUUUAUGCCUCAUUUUCGGGGCAAGUUGCAUACAAUGAUUGGUUCCUGUCACUAUAUAAUGUAUUCUUCACUUCCCUUCCUGUAAUUGCUUUGGGAGUAUUUGACCAAGAUGUCUCUGCUAGAUUAUGUCUCAAGUUCCCAUUAUUAUAUCAAGAAGGUGUACAAAAUGUCCUAUUUAGCUGGAAAAGGAUUCUAGGUUGGGCAUUCAAUGGAGUAAUGAGUGCUAUCACGGUAUUCUUCUUCUGCAUUAAUGCGAUUGAGAAUCAAGCAUUCCGCAAAGGAGGCGAAAUAGUUGGACUUGAAGUUCUUGGUGCAACAAUGUACACAUGUGUUGUGUGUGUAGUGAAUUGUCAAAUGGCAUUAUCCAUAACUUACUUCACUUACAUACAACAUUUAUUCAUCUGGGGUGGCAUUCUUUUUUGGUAUAUUUUCCUCCUAAUAUAUGGAACUAUUAACCCUUUAUUAUCAACCACUGCUUAUAAAGUCCUAAUUGAAGCUUGUGCACCAGCACCAUCUUACUGGCUCAUAACUCUCCUUGUCCUUGUUGCUUCACUCCUUCCGUAUCUUGUAUACACUUCGAUCCAAUUGCGGUUCUUUCCUAUGUUCAAUCAAAUGAUACAGUGGAGAAGUAAUGAUGGGCAUGUAAUUGAUCCAGAAUAUGUUAAUGCUGUGCGACAACGAUCAAUAAGACAUAUAAAAGUUGGAUUCACUGCUCGAUUCGAAGCAUCAAAGACUUCACGCGGCUGAAAACCAUUGAAAAGUAAUGUUUUGUUUUUAUGUGAACAUUGGAGUAAUUUUGUUGUAGAUAAAUAGUUAUUGAAUUGAAUAUAUUUGUUGAGAUGCCCUUUACAUUGGGUAAUUUUUCGGAACAUAAUGAAUUUUUUUGGUUUCUUAAUUCAAGAUGGGGUAGAAGCUUAUAGCUAAAACUGUGUUAGAAAGUCGUUGUAUGAGUUGUUGCAGUAUAGAAGAAAAUGUUCAUAUCGUUGGAUUAAAGGACAAUGUCAUGAUUUUAAAUUGUUCUUGCAGUUA